AUGAUGAUAUCGCGUCGAGUGGCCGUCGUCGCUUCGUCCAUAUUGCUCAUCUUCAUAGUCGCCAUCUCGCUUGCGGCAUCGGUCGAAGUACGCGCGCCUCCGAAAAAGCUGGUGCAGAUCUCCAUAGCGCAAGCCGCGAAAGACGGACAAUUCGAGAAACAGCGAGCAGGGAGCAGCAUCAAUGGCACGGCCUUCGAUCGCGUCGAUAUUCUGAGUGGAACGGCAACCGUUGGCGCUGGAGGGGCUGCGACGUAUUAUCUGCCCCCUACGCCGAGUAUGAUGAUGGAGGAAGGCAUGAUCGGACAAACACCAACCCCCCAGCCGACCCCGAGCGCCGUCGAUGAGGGCUACAUUGGCCCGGUGGAAUCGCCGCAAACACCAGGCCCGACACCUAGACCUCCACCUAGUCCACAGUUCCCUAUCCUCGCGCUCUCGUACGCCGGCGACGGCGGUCCAAAGCACUGUCGCGGCGAGCUCGUGCAAAAGCUCUCGUUGCCGCCUCCCGCCAGCAGUUGGAAGAGCGGGACAUGCGUCGAUUUGCCGGCUGACGCGCGGUGCGGCGUGUUCUUCGCCGGGAAAGACGAUAAUUGCGAGGCGCAGCUGUUCAACAUGGCGGGCUGCUACAACACCACCGAGACAUACGUCAACACGGUUGUGUUCAUGCCGGAGGAGCGGGCGGUGGGCGCAAUUUGGAGGAGCAUGUAUGUGCGCUGUGGAGUGGAUGCACCGGCGCCCGCAUUGAUUGAUCCGGCCGUUUUGGGAGGCCUGCUUAAGAAGCCUGGCGGAGGCUGA